AUGGUGCGUGCGCAUCGCGAAUAUUCUCUCUGGUCAUUGUUCUCCCGCCGCGCCUGGAGAGCGGAGAAGUGCGAGCAGGGGGUGAGCGGGGGUUGGGAGCGCGCGGGGGAAACAAGGGCGCCGGCAAUAGGCCGGAAGCGGCGCUACAGGGUGUGGUCGGCGCGCGAGGGGUGGCGGUGCGUGGCUGCCAUUGGCCGGCGAGGUGCGCCGGCGUCGGGGGGCAGGCGUCGCGGCGCGACGGGCGACACGCGCGACAGUGCCAUGCCGUCGUCAGCGCGCGGCGGGUCGGCGCGCGCGCGCGAGCAGCCCCCGGGGGCGGCGGAGGCGGGGGAGGCGGGGCAGGAGGCGGCGGCGCAGGACGGCGCGGCGGCGCGGCAGAACGGCGCCGCGGCGUCCAGCGACGAGGAGCCGGCCAGGGACGAGCUGCAGCCUGCCGGGGGCGGUGCGUGGGGCGGCAGCCGGCCCCCGAGCCCCGCCGCCGCCGCCGCCGCCAGCAUGGCGGACAACGCGAGCGAGGCGUCCUCUCUUCAGCCGCCGCCGCGGCCCAAGUCACGCGGCGCCGACUCCAAGGCGACCAGCCGCUACGGGAACCUGUCCUACUGGCGCGCGCGCCGCGUGGUCUUCUACCGCAACGGCGACCCCUUCUUCCCGGGCGUGGAGUACCGCUUCCGGCCCGGCCGUGACGUCAGCAGCCUGGAGGCGCUGCUGGACAAGCUGUCCCUGCGCAUGGAGCUGCCCCACGGCGCGCGCUACGUCUUCUCCAUGGACGGCGAGCGGCGGCUGCGGCUGGAGGAGCUGGAGGACGGCGGCUGCUACGUCGUGUCGUCCUACAAGACCUUCAAGACGGCCAGCUACGGCAAGAAGAACGGCGUGUGGUACGGCGUGCCCGCCGCCUCGCACGGCUGGAGCAAGCCGCCCCACAGCCGCAAGGCGUCCCUGGCGGAGGCGGAGCUGCCGCCCCCCGGGGGCGGGGUGCCGGGCGCUAAGCCCAGCUCCGGCCGCGUCAUCCGCAUCAUCAGCCACCUGGACCACUCCGUGCAGUGCCGUGUCCUGCUGAACCUGCGCACCUCGCAGCCCUUCGAGGAGGUCCUGGAGGACCUGGGGCAGGUGCUCAAGAUGAACGGAGCCAAGAGGAUGUUCACUGUGUCCGGCCAAGAGGUGAGGAGCUUCUCGCAGCUGAGGAACGAGUUCGCGGACGUGGACACGUUCUACCUGAGCUCGAGCGGCCUGGGGUCCCCCGCCAGGAGGUCCCGGUCCCGCGCAGUGUCCCACACGGCCCUGGUGGAGGACCUGCGAGAUGUCAGCCUGCCCCGCCGGGCGCGCUCCAAGAGCCGGGGCCGCGCGCUCUACGACACCGAGGUGGUGCGGGGCCCGGACUACACUCUGCUGGACGUGAUGAAGGAGGACCCGGUGAAGGUGACCAUCAGGGGAGUGCGCAGGACCUUCUACCCUCCGCUGCACCACCCGCCCUACGACAACUCUCCUCCAGACAAGCGCCUGCAGCUCAACUGGGUGUUCGGGUACCGCGGCACGGACUCCAGGAGGAACCUGUGGGUGCUGCCGACCGGAGAGAUGCUGUACUUCGUGUCCGCAGUCGCCGUGCUGUACGACCGGGACGAGGAGAGCCAGCGACACUACGUGGGCCACACCGAGGACAUACAGUGCAUGGACCUGCACCCCUCCAGGGAGAUGGUGGCCUCGGGGCAGCGCGCCGGACGUAACCGCAAGACGCAGGCGCACAUACGUAUCUGGAGCACGGAGACGCUGCUCACGCUGUACGUGUUCGGCAUGGGCGAGUUCGAGGUGGGCGUGUCUGCCGUCGCCUUCUCGCAGCUGAACGGCGGCAGCUACGUGCUCGCCGUGGACGGCGGCAGAGAGCGCAUUCUGUCCGUGUGGCAGUGGCAGUGGGGACACCUGCUGGGCAAGGUCGCCACCCUGCACGACGACGUGAGCGGCGCAGUGUUCCACCCUCUGGACGACAACCUGCUCAUCACGCACGGCAAGGGCCACCUCACCUUCUGGACCCGCCGCAAGGACGGCUUCUUCGAGCGCACCGACAUCAUCAAGCCGCCGUCACGCACCCAUGUCACCAGCGUGCAGUUCGAGCAGGACGGUGACGUGGUGACGGGCGACGGUGACGGCUUCAUCACCAUCUACUCCGUGGACAGCGACGGCGCCUACUUCGUGCGCAUGGAGUUCGAGGGACACAACAAGGGCAUCAGCUCGCUGGUCAUGCUGUCCGAGGGCACCCUGCUGUCCGGAGGGGAGCGCGACAGGAAGAUCGUGGCCUGGGACUCGCUGCAGAACUACAAGAAGAUCACCGAGACCAAGCUGCCGGAGUCGGUGGGCGGAGUGCGCAGCGUGUACCCGCAGAGGCCGGGCAGGAACGACGGCAACAUCUACGUGGGCACCACCAGGAACAACAUCAUGGAGGGCUCGCUGCAGCGGCGCUUCAACCAGGUGGUGUUCGGACACAGCCGGCAGCUGUGGGGGCUCGCAGUACACCCGGACGACGAGGUGUUCGCGACGGCGGGCCACGACAAGAACGUGGCCCUCUGGAGGCGCCAGAAGCUGCUCUGGAACACCCAGGUGGCGCACGAGUGCGUGUCGCUGGCCUUCCACUCGUUCGGCACGGUGCUGGCGGCGGGCAGCGCAGACGGACACCUGGUGGUGCUCAACGCAGAGAGCGGCGCCGUGGUGACCACGGUGCGCGUGUGCGGGUCACCGCUCAGCUGCCUCGGCUACAACCCAGUGGGCGACGUGAUCGCCAUCGGCUCGCAGAACGGCAGCGUGUACCUGUUCCGCGCGAGCCGCGACGGCUUCUCCUACAAGAAGUACAACAAGAUCCGCGGCGGGCAGCCGCUCGCGCAGCUCGACUGGAGCACGGACAGCGGCUACCUGCAGACCGUCACCGCCGACUACGACGUCGUCUACUGGGACGUGAAGGCGCUGAUCGCGGAGAAGAGUCCUGCGGCGAUGAAGGACGUCAAGUGGCACUCGCACAGCUGCACGGUGGGCUACAUGGUGGCCGGCAUCUGGAACAACAGGUACUACCCCGUGACGUCGCUGGCCACGACGGCGAGCCGCUCCAUGGCACACGACAUGCUGGUGUGCGGCGACGCGGACGGCUACCUGCGGCUGUUCAGGUACCCGUGUCUCAGCCCCAAGGCGGAGUACCACGAGGAGAAGCUGUACAGCUCUCAGCUGGCGACUGCGCGCUUCUUCUUCAACGACAAGUACGUGGCGACUGUGGGCGGCUCGGACGCCGCGCUCAUGCUGUGGGACGUGGUGGACGACUGAGCGGUCCUCCCGGGUUCUGGACUCGUCGUCGCCUACACCCUACCACCCUCCCGAUCAACAAGAGGGAGCGAUCCCCCAGACAGUUCUAAAGCUCUGGAAUGCAUGUGAAAAGCGAACUGGAACGCAAACUCCCGCCCCUAUACCCCAUUAGGGCGCAUAUGCGGGAGGGGAACGUGAGAAUGCCGGCCGUAAGGUACCCUGAAGACGCGGUCGCGCGAGGGGGGAACUGCCCCCGUCUUUCGGGGGCGUAGCCAGGGGGGGGGGAGGGGUUUAGGGUUCAACCCCCUCCCCCCUCCCUCUUUAGCGCCAAAUCUUUAAAUAAUUUCUUAUUAAAUCACUCAAACAAAUUUCAUAUUAAAAUUAAUAAAAAAAAUUUACCAUUA